GAUACAAAGACUCCGGAGGCGGCAGGUGUCGGUCAAAAAUAUCAAUGACAGGGCCUUUUUGUGUCGCUGACAACAAUUGACGGCAACUUCUGAUUGUGCCCAUUGGUUGGUGGUCUGUGCCACAUCACAGUUUGUUGCCUUGGCGCCUGAACACUAAGCCAAGCGACGAGCGGUCAGGUUGUUAUCGGUUAUCAGAAUUUUUUUGAAAAUCUAAGCCCCACCAAAGAAGUGCGGCUUCCCCUCCCCCACCUUCCCACUGAUUCAAACCUACCACAGGGCAAAGGCGCAGCAAACCAACCCUGAACUAAACUCUCUUGUUGCCUCCUGGUACUAGUUGGCUUGCCUGCGAAGGAACAAAGGACGUCGCAUAUUUUUUUUCUGCCCGUUCUUUCGUUCUGGAUUUUUGAUCCAUCAAACCCAUUUAUCUUCCAGCAUCCACAGCACAACAUGGCUCCCUCGUCGUCCAAGGAAAAGCGUCUGGCGAAGCGUGCCGCUGAGGGCAAGGAGAAGAAGACUGUUGCCUCGCGCUCCAAGGCCAACUCAAAGACUGCCAGCGCUGCCGCUUCCGUCAACGGCGAUGAGCCUGAACUCGACGCCCAUGGCAACCCCAUCGUGUCGGACGAGCCAGCCACCUCGGCCGACAAGAUGGACGAAGUAAAGCGCCUUGCCGACCAGAUGGACAAGCAUGGUCUUUCCGACCGUGUCACCACCGGUGUUCUGGCCUCUACCGCCGCCAGCAAGGACGUCAAGAUCACCAGUACCAGUUUGGUGUUCCAUGGCCGUGUGCUCAUUCAGGAUGGCACUCUGGAAUUGACCAUGGGCCGCCGGUACGGUCUGUUGGGUGAGAACGGUUGCGGCAAAAGUACCCUCCUCAAGGCUAUCGCUGCCCGCGAGUAUCCUAUUCCAGAACACGUUGAUAUCUACCUUCUGAACGAGGGCGCUCCUCCAUCAGAGCUGGGUGCUUUGGAGUGGGUCGUUAAGGAGGCUGAGAACGAGAUGGACCGUCUCGAUAAGUUGGCCGAGAAGCUCCUCGAGGAGGAGGGCCCCGAGUCUCCUGUCCUGAUGGAUCUUUAUGAGCACAUGGACAAGAUGGAUCCCUCCACCUUCUCUACCCGCGCUGCCCUCAUUCUUACCGGUCUGGGCUUCAACAAGGUCACCAUCCACAAGAAGACCAAGGACAUGUCCGGUGGGUGGAGGAUGCGUGUCGCCCUUGGCAAGGCUCUUUUCGUGAGACCUUCCCUUCUCCUUCUCGACGACCCCACGGCCCAUUUGGAUCUCGAGGCCUGCGUGUGGCUGGAGGAAUACCUCAAGAAGUGGGACCGCACUCUUGUCUUGGUUUCCCACUCCAUGGAUUUCCUCAACGGUGUGUGCACAAACAUGAUCGACAUGAGGGAGAAGAAGCUGCUCUACUAUGGUGGUAACUACGACUCGUACAUCAAGACCCGCUCCGAACAGGAGACCAACCAGGCGAAGGCGUACCAGAAGCAGCAAGACGAAAUCGCACACAUCAAGAAGUUCAUUGCCAGCGCUGGUACCUACGCCAACUUGGUCAGACAAGCAAAGUCUCGUCAAAAGAUCUUGGACAAGAUGGAGGCCGAUGGUUUCAUCCAGCCCGUCCACCAGGACAGAGUCUUCACCUUCCGUUUCGCCGAUGUCGAGAAGCUGCCUCCCCCAGUUCUGUCUUUCGACGAUGUCAGCUUCUCCUACUCGGGCGAUGCCAAGGAUGAUUUGUACAAGCACAUCGACCUCGGUUUCGACAUGGACUCCCGUACUGCCUUGGUCGGGCCCAACGGUGUUGGCAAGUCUACUCUUCUCCGGCUGAUGACUGGCAAGCUUUCUCCUAGAGAAGGUGUGGUGUCGCGUCACACUCACUUGAAGCUGGGUCUGUACUCGCAGCACUCGGCGGAGCAGCUUGAUCUCACAAAGUCUGCUUUGGACUUUGUGCGUGACAAGUACUCGGAUAGAUCCCAAGACUACCAGUACUGGAGACAGCAGCUGGGCAAGUAUGGUCUUUCAGGCGAGUCUCAGACUUCUCUGAUCGGUACCCUGUCUGACGGACAACGGUCCCGUAUCGUGUUCGCUCUGUUGGCCAUUGAAAGCCCCAACAUGUUGUUGCUGGACGAGCCUACCAACGGUCUUGAUAUUCCCACUAUUGACAGUUUGGCGGAUGCCAUCAACGCUUAUAGCGGAGGUGUCAUUGUCGUCAGUCACGAUUUCAGACUACUCGACAAGAUUGCCAAGCAGAUUCUCGUGUGCGAGAACAAGACCAUUAAGCAAUGGGAUGGUUCGAUCGGCGACUACAAGAACUAUCUUCGCAAGAAGAUGGUGGCUUCGGGCGCUGUCUGAGUUGGCUAGAUUUUGGUUUGCCUCUUUUUACAUGAGAAUGACAUGGGCGAGGUUGCGCUGCAGCUGAGACGGCCUCAGGUAAGCCUCUUCUCACACCAAUCACGCGGCUGCCAGAGGGGAAUUCUGGAGUAUAUGGGAUGGGAGUUGACCGGGAAAGUGUCAACUCUCCUGCAAGCAUAAACGGUGGUGGCUGGGUUGGGUUGGUUUGAUGACAGCGAUGAGGUUUCUUUCUGGGCCGGAUAGACUUUUGUUUUCACGUUUCGCGAUUCUCCAGCCGUUCAUUAGAUGCAUUCGCGCUCAGAUAGCGAGUAAUGACGGAAAAGUUAUGAUCGCUUCG